UUGUUCUGUGUGCGCCGCCUGUAAUGCUUCCGGGAUUGUACUCGGACUUUGGAACCAUUGUACACUGAAUGAUUGUUUCUAACAGGAGGUUUAGCCACGCUUUCCUGUUUUUGUAGUAUGGCGGCGUCCUGUACAAUGUGAUUUGUUGUAAUUUUGCAUGUUUUUGUUUUUAUCCUUGUUUCCCAGUAAUGAGGAAAGAGUAUAUGUUGGUUAGAAUUGUGCAUUUUAUGUGCAUUAGUGUAUGUGCUAUUGACUCUUUAUCAUAAAAUACGUUAUUUUUUUACUUGUUUGGAGUGCAUGUUAAAUUCUUUUUCCUGAAAGCCUGAAUUCCUGUAAUGGCUGGGUCGACCCUAUUUGUGCGCAACCUUCCACCUUCUGCUAGCAAUGAACAAUUGCUUGAGGUAUUCAGCGAAGUUGGGCCAGUGAAGCAAUGCUUUGUGGUUCGAGAUAAAGGUAGUGAUAACUGCCGUGGCUUUGGCUAUGUUACUUUCUCAAUGCAAGAUGAUGCUCAGAAGGCCAUAACGGAUGUUAGAGAGUUUGAUGGGAAAAAGAUCAUUGUUGUCUUUGCUAAGAAGAAAUUGCCAAAGGACAAGAAGCAGCAGAAACAGAAAGGAGAAUCUAAAACAUUGGCAGCAGAAGAAAAGAAACCUAAAUCCUUGAAGAAGUCCAAAAGGAAAGCGAGACUUAUCAUAAGGAACCUUAGCUUUAAAUGUUCUGAAGAUGACUUGAAAGCAGUAUUUUCUAAAUAUGGAGUUGUCUUGGAGGUUGACAUUCCUCGUAAAGAAGAUGGAAAGAUGCGGGGAUUUGCCUUUGUUCAGUUCAAAAAUGUCUUAUCUGCAGGAAAUGCACUGAAGGAGAUGAACAUGAAGGAGAUAAAAGGUCGACCAGUUGCAGUGGAUUGGGCUGUAGCCAAGGAUAAAUACAAAGCUGCACAGGGAUCUUCUAGCUCAGGUGGACAGAAGGAGACAAGUUCAGGCAAUAAGCAGCAGGUCCAGGAAGAUGAUGAAUCAGGUUCCACCUCUGAAUGUGACUCAGAUAAUGAAUCAAAACCACAGACAAACAUCCAAAGAAAACAAAAGUCCUUCAUGAAGGUUUCCAGUACGGUCUGUGAGGAAGAAGAGAGAAACGUUGAAGAGGAUAGUGAAGUAAGCAGUGAUGAAGAUCAAAAAGAGAGUGAAGUUGAUGAGGCCAGUGAAGAGGAGGAAGAUGAAGGAUCAGAUACAAGUGGCUCGGAUUCUGAAGAUGAGGACCAGGAGGUGGAUAGUGAUGAUGAGAAAUCUGUAAAGAAAAAAAACAAAACCCAUCCAACAGAUGUAAAUGAGGGCAGAACAGUGUUUAUCAGGAAUCUAUCCUUCGACACAGAGGAGGAGGAUCUCGGCAAACUACUGGAAAAAUUUGGUGACCUAAACUAUGUCCGAAUUGUCGUGCACCCAGACACUGAGCAUUCUAAAGGUUGUGCCUUUGCUCAAUUCAAGACAAAAGAAGCAGCACAGAAGUGCAUUGAGUCAUCCCUGGAUGAAUCCGAAGGAGGUGGUCUGAAACUGGAUGGGAGAAAGUUAAAAAUAGAUAUAGCUGUGACUCGAGAGGAGGCUGUAAACCUGCGGAACAAAACAAAGGCUAAAAAGUCAACAGGAAGUAGGAACUUGUACCUGGCUCGAGAGGGCUUUAUCCGUGCAGGCACCAAGGCUGCUGAAGGACUGAGUGAGGCAGAUCUUGCAAAGAGAGCACGAUUUGAAGAGCUGAAACGCCAGAAACUGAAGAACGUAAAUGUCUUUGUUUCAAAGACUAGGCUAUGUGUUCACAACCUUCCAAAAUCUGUGGACAAUAAGCAACUGAGAAAAAUUGUUCUGAAGGCAGCCGGUGGAGGGAAGGACGUACGAGUGAAGGAGUGCAGGGUGAUGUGUGACCUACAGAACAAACCUCCAUCAGGAGUGGCACGCUCACUUGGGUAUGCAUUUGUGGAAUUCCAGGAGCCUGAACAUGCACUGAAAGCCCUGAGAGAACUGAAUAAUGAUCCUGAAGUAUUUGGGCCCCAAAAGAGGCCAAUUGUGGAGUUCUCAUUGGAAGAUAGAAGAAAGUUGCAAAUAAAAGCUAACAGAGCACAGCGCAACCUGCAAAAGCAAACCACCAACACAACAAAGAAGAACUCAAGUCAGCUUGGUGAAACAGAAAAACAAAAACCUAAGGCAGACCAACAAAUUCCAAAGUCACUAGCAUCUCAGAAUGAAAUGAAACCUAAAACCUGGUCAGGAUUUCAGACUAAAGCCGAAGCUGACAUUGUGGUCUUACCUGAUGGCAAGAAACGGAAGAAAGUGCUCCCACUUCCAUCACACAGAGGACCUAAGAUAAGGAAGCGUGAUGUUAAAGUGAAGCAUUUACCAGUACAGAAGCCUAAAUUUCAAUCUGUUCAUAACAAACCAAGAAAGCAGAAACCACCACCCAAGCAGGUAUCAAAAACGUCUAGGCCAAAAUUCAGGAACAAAGAAGAGGAUAAGUUUAACAAGCUAGUGGAUCAGUACAAGAAGAAGAUUCUAGGAAACCCUGAGGCUACCAGAGUGAAAAAGAGCAAAUGGUUCAACACCUAAUCAAAUAAAAAAGACAUUUAAGUGGCUUUAUUUAAAGUAUUUAGGUCUGCAGAGCAGUCAAUCUCUUAACUAAGCCUUAAAGGUGUUUUUACAUUUAGCUCACAAUUGUUGCUGCAUCAGCUGCGUUGUAGCAGUCUGCUGUUUUUAUUGUCUUGGUAGCCAUUUUAGGCUAAUUGAAAUUGUCCCACUAAAUUAAAACUUAAAGCUGAGUUCCGUGACAUGUCACAUGAUUCCCAGGUAUUACAUUAAAGCACAGCAGUCGGUAUUUGAAAGUUAUGUCAUUUUAUGCUGGCUAUCCAAUGACCCAGAUGCUUCUUUUUUUACCGUUAUGUUUUAUUAAAAAUGUCAGGCUGA